AUGAAAUUCUCAUUCCGACGACACGGCACGCCUCGCGCACAGCUCGAGAUGGCGGCAGAGCCAGGCUACCGGGUCUGCCUCGGCGCCAGCGACAAAGAUGCGACGUCGAGCCGAGGACGUGCUGGUCUCCGCGAUAUCGCCGCUCGGCUUCACUGUCGGCAACCUGACGAACCCGAGACCCAGCCCGGACCAUCAUUGUCGACACCGCGACGAGGCUUGUCGUUGCCCCGUCGUUGCCCCGUCGAAUGGCAAACGGGCUCGCUUCUCGUAGGCUUCACCGAGGAUCUUCCAGUCACGGGGGAACAACGGAGCGACUCGGUCUCGAUCCUCGCCUGUGCCUAG